CACAGUCACUGACACUGAGAGGAGAAAUGGCGCAGAAAGGAGUUCAGCUGGACCGAGAAACCUUCUCUUGUUCCAUCUACUGAAGAAUCCGGUGACUAUUCCCUGUGGGCACAGCUACUGCAUGAACUGUUAUUAAAAACCAGUUUGAUAAAGAGGAAAGCAAGAGAAUCCACAGCUGCCCUCGGUGCAGGAAUACUUUCAUACCAAGGCCUGUCCUGGCCGGUAUCUAUUUGACCUGACAUGACAGAUCUGCCAGCUCAGGGAUUGGUGGAAUGACUAUACCGCAGCAAUUCUGCAUGUGAAAGUGAAAGAAAAGAAUCGUGACUUUUUUUGCUGUGGAAGAAACGUUUCAGACAUUCACUGUUGCUGAGAGGAGAAAUGGCUCAGAGAGAAAAUCAGCUGAAUUUAGAGAAAUUCUCUUGUUCCAUCUGUCUGGAUCUGCUGAAGGAUCCAGUGGCUACAAGCUGUGGACACAGCUACUGCAUGAACUGUAUUAAAUGUUUCUGGGAUAAAGAAGACAAGAAGGGAAUCCACAGCUGCCCUCAGUGCAGGAAGACUUUCACACCGAGGCCUGUCCUGGAGAAAAACAUCCUGUUAGCAGAGUUGGUGGAACAGCUGAAGAAGACUGGACUCCAAGCUGCUCCAGCUGAUCACUGCUAUGCUAGAGCUGAAGAUGUGGCCUGCGAUGUCUGCAGUGGGAGGAAGCUGAAAGCAACCAAGUCCUGUCUGGUAUGCCUGGCCUCUUACUGUGAGAAACACCUCCAACCUCACUAUGAUGUAGCUCCAUUAAAGAAACACAAGCUGGUGGCCCCCUCCAAGAAGCUCCAGGAGAACAUCUGCUCUCGUCAUGAUGAGGUGAUGAAGAUUUUCUGUCGUACUGAUCAGCAGAGUAUCUGUUAUCUCUGCUCAAUGGAUGAACAUCAAGGCCAUGAAACAGUCCCAGCUGCAGCAGAAAGGACCGAGAAGCAGAAGGAGCUCGAGGUGAGACGACUAAACAUCCAGCAGAGAAUCCAGGACCGAGAGAAAGAUGUGAAGCUGCUUCAACAGGAGGUGGAGGCCAUCAAUGGCUCUGCUGAUAAAGCAGUGGAGGACAGUGAGAAGAUGUUGAGUGAGCUGAUCCGUCUGAUCCAGAAAAGAAGCUCUGAUGUGAAGCAGCAGGUCAGAUCCCAGCAGGAAACUGAAGUGAGUCGAGUCAAAGAGCUUCAGGAGAAGCUGGAGCAGGAGAUCGCUGAGCUGAAGAGGAAAGACGCCGAGCUGGAGCAGCUCUCACACACAGAGGAUCACAACCAGUUUCUACACAACUACCCCUCACUGUCAGCACUCAGUGAGUCUACACACUCAUCCAGCAUCAAUAUUGGUCCUCUGAGGUACUUUGAGGAUGUGACAGCAGCUGUGUCAGAGACCAGAGAUAAACUACAGGACAUUCUGAGAGAGGAAUGGACAAACAUCUCACUGACAGUCACUGAAGAGGAUGUUUUACUGUCACCAUCAGAGCCAAAGACCAGAGCUGGAUUCUUAAAAUAUUCACAUGAAAUCACACUGGAUCCAAACACAGCAUAUACACGUCUGUUAUUAUCUGAGGGGAACAGAAAAGUAACAUUUAUGAAACAACAACAGUUUUAUUUUGAUCAUCCAGACAGAUUCACUGUAUAUUAUCAGGUCCUGAGUAAAGAGAGUCUGACUGGACGUUGUUACUGGGAAGUGGAGUGGAGAGGGGGAGGAGUUUGUGUAGCAGUUGCAUACAAGAAUAUCAGUAGAGCAGGUAUCUUAUUUGGAUGUUUAUUUGGAUCUAAUGACAAAUCUUGGGCAUUACGUUGUGACGCAAACAGUUACAUAUUUUGGCACAACAAAGUCUACAGUAACAUCUACGGUCCUCGGUCCUCCAGAGUAGGAGUGUACCUGGAUCACAGAGCAGGUAUUCUGUCUUUCUACAGCGUCUCUGAAACCAUGACUCUCCUCCACAGAGUCCAGACCACAUUCACUCAGCCGCUCUAUGCUGGACUUUAUCUUUUGAAUGAUGGAGUCACUGCAAAGUUGAUUAAAGUCAGAUAGACAGAGAAGAUAGGUUCAUGUUGAUCCCUGAACAUUAUAUGUACUCAAGGGCGUAGGAAUGAGUUUAAUAUUGGGGGUGGGGGGGUAAACAUAGGAAACCUGACAGAUCUGUAAAUACUCUUAGCAAAGCUUUAAAAAUGCUAUUUGAUCUUUUACUUUCUUCUUUUUCAAAUGUUUCUUGGAAAAAUAGUGUUGUGUACACCUAUAUUAUAUCAUGUAUAAUUUACAUAUGUAUAUGUUUUAUAAUCAUAAGGCGUAAUAACAGGCUAUUACAUAUUUCACUAAACUAAUUUAAGACCUCA